UGGGAAAGACUGUCAUGUUUGUUGAUGAGUUAUGCUUAAUGGAUUUUGGGAAUCAUGAUGCUCGCGAGAUUAAACGAUCUUUAGCUAUAAAAAAUUUUUGGAAACUUGUAGCCGAAAGAAAUAAUAUUGAGGCAAAGGAAAGGUUGCAAGAAGAAUCAAAUGUGAAAGUUCAGAAUUUACAGCACAUUACAAUUGCCUCGGUGACGACGGAACAAUACGCCGAGUCGACCACAAAGAGAUUCCUUAAUGCUGCUGACAAUGAAAAUGCUGCAAAACGUAUCCGAACUUAUAAGGAUAGCCAAGAUGAUAACAGUAACGAAAGCACUGAAGAAAAUUCUUCUUUGCAUUCAUAUGAAAGUUUAUCUCCCUUCUCUUCCGAAGAUCAUCCUGAAAAGGAUGCCAUAGAUAGAUUUUUUUCUGGUUCAUUUACGCAAGAUUCUCCAACAAAGUCAUGUAUCCUUAAAUGCGGUGACGACUUCAACGAAGUAUGGAAUAAAUACUUGCUUAAAAUUGAUUUGAAUCAAUUUAGUGUAGAACAUGAUCGUAUUGUAAAAACAUACCAGAAUAACGUACUUAAAUCUUUAUGUUCAAAAGAAUGUUGGAAAGAAAUUCAAGGUUUACAAUUACAACUAGUAGAAGAAAGCUUAUUAGAAAGAAUAAAUCCCGUAUUUAAAAAGGUCGAAAAUGAUAAUCAAACUUUAUAUCAAAAAUAUGCACAAGCGUGGGCAAAUAUAGGUGAUAACGACAUUACCGAAUUUGAACAAUAUUCUUUGAUAGUAAUACAUAUUUUUAUCAGAGAAUUCACAAGUAAAAGAAAUGUAAUUGCACAUCCUAUAACUACGGAAUCCAUGUGGAGCACAAUCAUGAGCUUUAUCAUUGGAAAUGCAAUACGUGGAAAUAUUGAUUACACAUGGGGAGAAAUUGAGUUAAAUACAACAGCAACCAGAAAAGAUAAUGGUCAGGAUAUUCUUUCACUUCCAAAAGUUGCGACAGGACAUAAGGGAGAUGGGAUAGGACUAUCGGAUGAUGGACGGGAGUGUUUUAUAUUAGAAAUUUCUUAUGCACCACAAAAUCAAGAUAGGCGGAAGACAGCAGAAGAUUUAUAUAAAUUACUAAGGGAAAUGCGAGACAUGUUGCACAUUUCUAAAAAAGAAAAACGGGAAUCAGGUUAUAAAAUACCAAAAUCGAGUCUAUGUGUGUAUGGCUCACACUGUUACGGGUAUACACAAGAUUUAUUUGAAAUGGAGUACAUUAGGCCCUUCUACAUUGUUAGGAAAAUUGGAUCACUAAAUAUUUCUAACAAUGAUAUAACAAAACUUCCAUUU